UCAACGCGUUCGCGCCGCAAAAAGCGUUCGGCAAGCGAAUUUCGAAAUAUUUAAAAAUAUCACUCAUACGCACGGGAGAGCGAGUGUGUGAAACGAGAGUGAGAGUGCACCGAUAUUCACCGAAUAAAUAAAUAGAAACCAAGUUUUGUUUAUCCCAUUCGAAACGGAGAAAGUGUUUAAAUAAUACCUGCUGUAGUAUAUAAUCAAGUGAAAUGGCCUGCCAGCAGCGCUUUAAUUUAUAAAUAAAUAUAUUAAAUAUAUUCUGGCGUGUGUGAGUGAGCAGCAUCGAUAAAAAGCUCCCCAAAGAAUUUUUUUCGGAGGCACAACGUGAAAAUUAUCUCCCCCGAAAACCGGGGAAGCCAAAGAACUCUCAGCCCCGGAAAAAACGAAAACAACAAAUCGAAUUGUAGAUCAUUCCAUUCCAAUUUAACUAACCCCAUCGCGCCGAAAAUCCCUUGGCAUUGAUUGUUGACAUUCUCGCCGCCAAGAUAUGCAAAUCGGAAUAUGCGAAUAUCUUGCGCACCCUCGAGUUGUAAAUUAAAUUCCCAAGCUUAAAGUGUCGACGACGCCGGCUGAAAGCCAGGACAAAGGACACCGUCAUCAGGUGCUCGUGACCCCUGGUCCGUGACCAAAGAGGCAGGUGGCGGAACAAUAAGUACCCGACCUGUGGCCGCAGAAUUGAUGUUCGUGCGAAAGUUUCCCGUCAGCUACCCAAAUGUUACGCCCACGCUUCGAGUAGGGUUAGGCCUGCGGAUCGGGGAGGAGGGUCCCCAGUAGACCGCAGACCCAGACCCCCGCCACCAUGAGUGGUGCUUCGGUUGCGAGGCUACUGCUCCGCCUGGAGCUCCCCUCGCCGGGAGUAAUGCCACCACCGCCCACCGACUACGACUACGGAGGCGCCAUCAGCGAGGAUGAGUUCCUGGCCAGUGUGAUGGCCACCGAGGGGCCAACGGUUCGGUAUGAUCUGUACCCCCAAAACCACACCCAACCCAACCUGCAGCGCGUCUUCAACCACACGGAGGUGCAAACGGAUCUGCAGUAUCCCCACUAUGACGAUUUGGGUCUGGAAAUUGAUCCGAAUUGGACGCGAAUCUGCGAGGACGUGUACAAUCCACUGCUGGAAAACAAUCGAAUUGAGUUCUGGGUCUGUGGCGUGCUGAUAAAUAUCGUUGGUGUCCUCGGCAUCCUGGGCAAUAUAAUCUCCAUGAUAAUCCUCUCGCGACCCCAGAUGAGAUCGAGUAUCAACUAUCUGCUCACUGGCCUGGCCCGCUGCGAUACCGUACUUAUCAUCACCUCAAUAUUGCUCUUCGGCAUACCCUCUAUAUAUCCGUAUACGGGCCAUCUCUUUGGCUACUACAACUACGUUUAUCCGUUCAUAUCGCCGGCGGUAUUUCCCAUAGGCAUGAUAGCCCAGACAGCCAGUAUAUAUAUGACAUUUACGGUGACGCUGGAAAGAUAUGUGGCCGUUUGCCAUCCCUUGAAAGCGAGAGCGCUCUGUACCUACGGAAGAGCCAAAAUAUACUUUAUAGUAUGCGUCUGCUUCUCCCUGGCCUAUAAUAUGCCUCGAUUCUGGGAGGUCCUGACUGUAACCUAUCCCGAGCCCGGGAAAGAUGUAAUACUCCACUGCGUGAGACCCUCGAGACUGAGGAGAUCGGAGGCCUACAUCAAUAUAUACAUACACUGGUGUUACCUGAUCGUGAACUAUAUAAUACCCUUUCUUACCCUGGCCAUACUGAAUUGCCUGAUAUAUAGACAGGUGAAGAGGGCCAAUAGGGAGCGUCAGCGACUGUCGAGAUCGGAGAAGAGGGAAAUUGGUCUGGCCACAAUGCUGCUGUGCGUGGUGAUAGUGUUCUUCAUGCUGAACUUUCUGCCCCUGGUACUCAAUAUAUCGGAGGCCUUCUACAGCACCAUCGAUCACAAGAUCACGAAGAUCUCGAAUCUAUUGAUCACCAUCAACAGCAGCGUCAACUUUCUAAUAUACAUCAUCUUUGGCGAGAAGUUCAAGCGCAUUUUUUUACUCAUUUUUUUCAAGCGCCGCCUGAGUCGUGACCAACCGGAUCUUAUCCACUACGAGAGCUCCAUAUCGAACAACGGCGAUGGGACGCUGAACCACCGAUCCUCCGGCCGCUUCUCGAGGCACGGAACCCAGCGGAGCACCACCACCACCUAUCUGGUGGCCACCGGAGGGCCAGGCGGUGGGGGAUGCGUUGGUGGCGGUGGCAAUAAUUCCCUCAACAAUGUUCGCCUGACCCAGGUGUCGGGGUCACCCGGACUGGUCAAGAUCAAGCGGAACAGAGCUCCGUCCCCAGGCCCUGUGGUCUACUUUCCCGCCCGCGAGAUGCAGAGGUCCGCAUCCACCACGAAUUCGACAACCAAUAAUAACACAUCCAUUGGUUACGACUGGACGCUGCCGGACAGCAAGAAACUGGGACACGUCUCGUCCGGAUUUUGAGACUGCCUCCGGGUGAAAUCGAUGGGAGUGAGUCAAACGGAAGGGGUUACUCUAGUCCACUAGUCUUGUAAAUAAGAAUAGUCAAAGAGCAGGGCUUAGCAGACAGCUGUGGUCAAAAUAAUAGCUAGAAUGAGAUCCUUCAAUAAAUGGGAAACGUUACGUUUUGAAAAUGUUCUCGAUUUUUAAAAUUGAUCCAGAAAAUGAUUUUAAUUGUAUGAACUUUCAAUGUAAAAAUAAAUAUACUCAGAAAAAAAUUCAAAUCUCAGAAGGUAGUGAUAAUAUGUUGACCACAGUUGUAACUAAUAUAUACUGACCUGUACAGAAGGCAUAAACUAAACGCUCCAAGCGUUGCGUUACUUUGUGAUAAGCGUUAAGUGUUUCCUUCCCCAAUUUCUCUACUACUCCUCCAAAACUUUACUCGUUGAUAUAGCUCUUAGGACAGUUAGAAUUGCCAUCGAUCAGGCUGAAGAAAAUAGUCUCUUAGACUGAGAAUUUAAUAUUGCUUUUCCCUGACUUCAUCCCUUUAUAUUCCCCUAUAAAAUCAAUUGAAUUUGUAUCAAUUUCGCAGUAAAUUAGUCAUCGAAACUUCUUCGAACACAAUAUCGUUUCACUUUCCACUGGCCUUUGGUCAAAGUUUUAUUUAUUAGCGUAAACUUUGACUGCCUUUAAUUAAAUACCCUUUACAACGCAUUUUACGGCCGAACUUGAUGAAUGAUUUUCCUUUUCCUUGGCUGAUUUGGGUGGUCCGAACUUUUCGAUUUUCUCACACUUUUCCGGAAACUGGCGUUCUUUGGGUUCAAAAUAAGAGGGCCGGCAAUCUGUCAACUUGUCAGAAAGUUUUGAAAACGCCGCUCAAAGUUUAGUCAGCUCAAAAGUUUGCCAGCAUUAUUUAGUCGCCCAAAAAACUCAAGUAGCUCAAUUUAACAGCAAAUGCAACAAUAAUAAAUAACAAAAGAAAAAGACAUUUUCAGGUGUUCACAAAAGAAUUAUAUUUACUGCUCCUUGGCCCUCAACAACAAAUAUAAUCCCCUCUAUUGUGUAAAUACAUUUAAGACUUCUGUAAAUACCUAUUAAUUAGCAAGUAUGCAAAGCAUAAACGAAUACCAAAGAUAUGAAAUUUAGAUUUCAAUUAAGAUUACUGAAGUCCAGGAAAGGGGAUUCUGAGUUAUUGUAAAAAAUGAGGAGGAUACAGAUUUAAAGAAAUUUUCAAGAAAAAUUAUUUAUUUCACCAUGUUUCGAUGUUUUUUAUAUGUUCUUAACUAUUAUUACAUUUUGAUUUAAUUAAGCAUCAGUCAAUUUUAUCACUCGUAAACAAUUAUUUAAAUACUCAAAUUUAAAACAAUAAGUUAGGAUUCCCUUCUCCUAGCCGAAAUACGCCCUAAUUUAUUUAGGUCUAGCUUAGCUUUAAUAUUGUAUAGUCAUAGCAAAUACGUAAUCGAAACUAAUAUAAAUAAAUUCAACGAUUGUGCGAAUAAAUGAUGAUGACACA